AUGCUAAAAGACGUGGUUGGAUUAAAAGAUAGGGGCUACAAUUUCAGUGAAGUCGCUUAUGUUCUAGAUCUUCCCAAGGGAGAGGGACUCAAGUGCGAUAAGGCUGUGGGCUUGGACAUGAUAUUUGGGAUGAUUUGUGAUUGCAUUAGAGAAAAUGAUGAAGCUGGAAUUAUUGGGCUAUAUGGCACAAGGGGAGUUGGAAAGACAACUAUUUUGAGAAAAAUAAAUAAUGAAUUUCAACACAAUGAUUUUGAUGUUGUGGUUUGGGUUACCGUGUCCAAGGCGGUGAAUGAGGAAAGGAUUCAUAAGGAAGUCGGUGAUGUUAUGGGGUUGACACAAAAAGAAAACGCAAAUCAGGUUGCAAGAGCUGCUGAUAUCCACAAGAUUUUUAUUGGGAAAAAGUUCUUGCUCCUCUUUAAUGAUAUAUGGAAAAAAGUCGAAUUGGUUCGCAUUGGAAUUCUUGACCCCAUAGGAUCAACAGAUAGGUCAUCGAAGGUGAUAUUCACAACUAGAUCUGAAAGAGUAUGUAGACUCAUGAAGGCCAAGAAAAAAAUUCAGAGUUGA